UUUUCCUUCCUGUCGGCGCACCUUGCAGCCAGUGGCAUAGAUAGCUUUAGACAGAAGGAUGGCUAUAGGAGCACUGUCUCGUUUGUUGGUUGCUUUUACGAUCUGUGUGUCAUUUGCUGGAUCAGAAAUUGUUGAAGAAUUUCAGCAACCAUCCCUCGAAAACAUUGACAGCAACAAAGUCCUCUUGAAACAUCAGCCUUCCAGCGGCAUGCCUUACCAAAAAGUCUGUUCUAAGAAGUGUCGUGGAAGCCACUAUCAGCCGGUGUGUGGGAGAGACGGCGUCACGUACUCUAGUCCCUGUAUGGCCAAUUGUUUCGGUGUUGGGGAGGAGUGUAAUCGCCCCUGUCCCUGUCACCCUCGUUCCCUAUGUAACUGUGGAGGAGAGGUAGACCCAGUCUGUGGAACUGAUGGCGUCACCUACAUAAAUCCGUGCUGGGCCAAGUGUGGGUUUGCAAGCGUAGCAUGCACUGGUGCGUGUCAUUGUGAGCCAACGACAACUCCUACAACGCCCCCUGGCUGCAAGUGCCCGCCAGUCACAAGUCUUGUCUGCGGUUCUGAUGACGUCACAUAUGGAGGAGAGUGCAUGGCAAACUGCAGCGGUGUAACUGUCCAGUGCGAGGGUGCCUGUCCUUGCCCCGGCCCCUGUGAGUGUCCACCAAAUAUUGACCCAGUUUGUACUACUUCUAACAAGACCAUCAUUAACGAAUGUACAGCCGAAUGCUUGGAAGAAGAAAUUGCUUGUAAUGGGAGUUGUCCAUGCGAGAAGAAAUGCGCAUGUCCAAGAAUAUACAACCCUGUAUGUGGAACAGAUGGUAUAACAUACGCCAAUCCGUGUCUAGCACAAUGUCAGGAGGUACCGGCAGCCUGUCCCGGGGAGUGCCCCUGCCCUGCUUCCUGUAACUGUUCGGACACCCUCGAACCUGUCUGUAGUACCAGAGGACAAAACUACACCAAUGCAUGCGAGGCAGCGUGCGAUGCGGCCACCAUUGCCUGUAAUGGUACGUGUCCUUGCUCAGAGCCUUGUGCGUGUACAAUGGAGUUUGCUCCCGUCUGCGGCACCAACAAUGUGACGUGCUCCAACAAAUGUCAAGCCAAAUGUCUGAACGUGAGCGUGGCGUGUCAGAACGAGUGUCCGUGCUGUGACUGUGAGGGGUACCCGGACUUCCUUGUCUGUGGUUCGGACGGUCUCGUCUAUCUCAAUCCCUGCAAACUGGAGUGUGCGGGUGUGAGGCUGGCAUGUUUUGGAUUUUGCCCCUGCUCUGAAGGAACAGAACGCCGGAAAUCAAGCGUUGUCCGGUCAAGUAAGGACCUAGAGCUUCAGUCCGACAGAGACCGGUCAUUACUCUCGUUGAUCAAUUCCCUUUGGCACAAUAUUCCAAAAUCUAGAAAUUGACCAGUAAAGACAUAGUCACUAGAUACACUGAUAAAUAUUUUUGCUUGACAUCUAUUAUACCUAAAGAAAAUACAUUGUAUAAAAUAUUUAGUACUUUUCAAGGAGUAUUCCCCUUCAUCAAAUAAUGAACACUGUAAGGAAUGCAGACCUAAUUAGCCUUCAAAGACAGCUAGGAUUAUCUUUAUUGUUUUCAAUUUCAUCAUUUAUUCAUAGUAAGGAAAGAAAGAAUUCAUAAUUUGCUUGAAUGACAUUAAAAAUAAACAUGCAUUUGCUAUAAAUGUAUUUAACUGUAUAUAUAAUUUUGAAAAUUGUUACCGACACUGUGAAGAAAGCGAAAGUCAAAAUGAAGCAAGAAAGUAUUUUAUUUAGAGAAUUUUAGUUUUCAUUUCUUUUAUAUUGAGUAAAUGUUUUUGACGUUCCCUUCAAAUUUUCCAUUUCUAUAUAAUAAUCAGCAUUUAAAUAAACACUGUGUAUGUAUUAAACUUUGUAAUAUAAAUUGACAUCAAUAAAGCAUUUAUCAAAUUA